AUGUCUCACCGUCUGAGUGUCCGCUGUGAGCCGGGCUGUGGGUGUCCCCGGGGUCUGCUGGCGGACGGCGUGGGGGGCUGUGUGGCCCCCCGGGAUUGCCCCUGCAGCCGCAACGGCCGCUCCUACAGCAGCGGCGGCACCGUCACCACCAAGUGUGAAAAGUGCUUACCGUUUCGUUUAAUACGUACACACACACGCACACACGUACACACGCCCACACACACGAGAAGGUGGCGUGGGGGAGAUCUUUGCCUCUUGCUGUCGUGCGUGCGUGCGUCCGUGUGUCCCAGCACGUGCCGUGGGGGCCAGUGGGCCUGCCAGGCGCGUCGCCAGGAGCCCUGCCUCUCCACGUGCUCCGUGUUCGGCGACGGGCACUACAGCUCCUUUGACGGGCGCCAGUUCGUGCUCGACGGCUCUUGCGAGUUCGUCGUGGCUCAGGAUUACUGCGGGGAUCAGCAGCAGCAGCAGGGCACGUUCCGCGUCAUCACGGAGAACUUGCCGUGCGGAACGUCUGGGACCACUUGCUCCCGGGCAGUCAGAAUCAUUCUGGAGGACGUGGAGAUCUACCUGCACGACGGGAACUACUCCGCGUCUCGCGUCGGCCCCGCCGCGUCUCCCGAGCGGCGUCACACCGUGGUGUCACGUGGCCUCUACCUCGUCGUGUCCACGGCGGUGGGACUCACGCUCACGUGGGACCGCAGGACCAGCCUGACCCUCUCCCUGCCGCCGUCGUACCAGGUGGGCGGCGGCGGCGGCGCCGGCGUCGGCGGCGUCGGCGUCGGCCGGAGAGAGAUCGGGGGCCGCGUCUGCGGCCUGUGCGGCAACAACAACGGCGACGUCUCGGACGACUUUGUGGGCCGCGAUGGCGCCAGGGUGGCCUCGCCGACGGCCCUGGCCAGGGGCUGGCGCGCUGCUCCCUCGACGGCGUUGGUGGCGAUGGAUCCGUGCCGCGCCAACCCCUACCGCCAAGUGUGGGCGCAGAGACGCUGCGCGGUCAUCGGGGGCGACGCCUUCGCCGAGUGCCACGCACAGGUGUACCACGUGCCGUACCUGGAGGCGUGCGUGCGUGACGCGUGUGCGUGCGACGGCGGCGGCGACUGCGAGUGCGUGUGCACUGCCGUGGCCGCGUACGCUCGCGCCUGCCGCGACCACGGCGUCUGUGUGCACUGGAGGACUCCCGACAUGUGUCCCGUGUUCUGUGACUUCUACAACGAGGAGGGGGAGUGCACGUGGCACUACAGUGCCUGCAGCGCCCUCUCCGCCAUCUGCCCCACAGCGCCCGGUGGCAACCUGAGCAGCGAGCUGAACACACUGGAGGGGUGCUACCCACGCUGUGUCAAGGCACGCCCCUACUGGGACGAGGAGUCCCACCGCUGCGUGGCUCUGCGGGAGUGCCCCUGCUACGUUGACGGCGUUCGCCUCGCCCACAACGCCACCAACGUCAUCGUCGCCACCACCACCACGUGCGACUGCGUGAGCGGUGUCCCCCAGUGCAGAGACCUCGCCGCGACUACUCCCGUUGCUCCCACAAGCUCAGCGGCUCAGGUGUCAUCGGCCAGUCCCACGAAGCCGGACUCUGAACAUUCAUCGGCCAGUCCCACGAAGCCGGACUCUGAACAUUCAUCGGCCAGUCCCACCAAGCCAGACUCUGAACAUUCAUCGGCCAGUCCCACGAAGCCGGAUGUGGCGCACACCACGCUGUCGACCAGUCCCUCGCCAGUGUCUGGCACGGCUGCGGCGUCAACGACGGUGAGGAAGACUUCGACGGAGCUCACCGUCAAGCCCGCCGAGUGGUCGCCCUGGCUUAACGUGUCCGUGCCGACGCCGGACAACGAGGGGGACGUCGAGACGAUCGAGAGGAUCAGGAACGCCGGCGUCGACGUCUGCCCGGAGCCCGUGGGCGUCCAGUGCCGGGCCGUGAUGUACCCGGGCCGGGACGUCUCCACGCUGGGGCAGAAGGUCAUCUGCGACCGUCUCGUCGGCCUGAUCUGCCGCAACGCCGACCAGAGCGGGCCCAGGCCGCUGUGCCUGGACUACGCCGUCAAGUUCUUGUGCGCGCCGGCGACCGGGCCGACGACGACGAUGAGGCCGACCGCAGCGACAUCUUCCGUGGCUCCGGGCGUGUCGCUGAGCUCCGUUCCGACUCCGCCUUGGGAAGCGAACUCCACCGAGCCCGACAUCAAGCCGGCCGAGUGGACGCGCUGGUUCGACGUGUCCGCGCCGACGCCGGACAACGAGGGGGACAUCGAGACGAUCCAGAAGGUCAGGAACGCCGGCGUCGGCGUCUGCUCGGAGCCCGUGGGCGUCCAGUGCCAGGCCGUGAUGUACCCGGGCCGGGACGUCUCCACGCUGGGGCAGAAGGUCAUCUGCGACCGUCUCGUCGGCCUGAUCUGCCGCAACGCCGACCAGAGCGGGCCCAGGCCGCUGUGCCUCAACUACGCCGUCAAGUUCUUGUGCGCGCCGGCGACCAGGCCGACGACGACGACGACGACGAUGAUGACCACUGUGGCGACGUCGUCCAUCGCUCCACCGGUGUCGUUGAAAUCGGCUUCAUCCCCGACUCCAGCGGACAGCCCAAAUGUUCGUUGCAUUGUUUCGUCCGUCUCUAGAUCGCCGGAGGCCCCGGGCCUCACCAAGACCACCACCACGGUGGCCGGGCCCACUCCCGCGGCCUCGACGGAGCUCACCGUCAAGCCCGCCGAGUGGUCGCCCUGGCUUAACGUGUCCACGCCGACGCCGGACAACGAGGGGGACGUCGAGACGAUCGAGAGGAUCAGGAACGCCGGCGUCGACGUCUGCCCGGAGCCCAUGGCCGUCCAGUGCCAGGCCGUGAUGUACCCGGGCCGGGACGUCUCCACGCUGGGGCAGAAGGUCAUCUGCGACCGUCUCGUCGGCCUCAUCUGCCGCAACGCCGACCAGAGCGGAAGCCGGCCGCUGUGCCUGGACUACGCCGUCAAGUUCUUGUGCGCGCCGGCGACCGGGCCGACGACGACGAUGAGGCCGACCGCCGCGACAUCUUCCGUCGCUCCGGGCGUGUCGCUGAGCUCCGUUCCGACUCCGCCUUGGGAAGCGAACUCCACCGAGCCCGACAUCAAGCCGGCCGAGUGGACGCGCUGGUUCGACGUGUCCGCGCCGACGCCGGACAACGAGGGGGACAUCGAGACGAUCCAGAAGGUCAGGAACGCCGGCGUCGGCGUCUGCUCGGAGCCCGUGGGCGUCCAGUGCCAGGCCGUGAUGUACCCGGGCCGGGACGUCGCCACGCUGGGGCAGAAGGUCAUCUGCGACCGUCUCGUCGGCCUGAUCUGCCGCAACGCCGACCAGAGCGGGCCCAGGCCGCUGUGCCUCAACUACGCCGUCAAGUUCUUGUGCGCGCCGAGGACCAGGCCGACGACGAUGACGACGACGACGAUGACCACCGUGGCGACGUCGUCCAUCGCUCCACCGGUGUCGUUGAAAUCGGCUUCAUCCCCGACCCCAGCGGACAGAUCGCCGGAGGCCCCGGGCCUCACCAAGACCACCACCACGGUGGCCGGGCCCACUCCCGCGGCCUCGACGGAGCUCACCGUCAAGCCCGCCGAGUGGUCGCCCUGGCUCAACGUGUCCACGCCGACGCCGGACAACGAGGGGGACGUCGAGACGAUCGAGAGGAUCAGGAACGCCGGCGUCGACGUCUGCCCGGAGCCCGUGGCCGUCCAGUGCCGGGCCGUGAUGUACCCGGGCCGGGACGUCUCCACGCUGGGGCAGAAGGUCAUCUGCGACCGUCUCGUCGGCCUGAUCUGUCGCAACGCCGACCAGAGCGGGCCCAGGCCGCUGUGCCUGGACUACGCCGUCAAGUUCUUGUGCGCGCCGGCGACCGGGCCGACGACGACGAUGAGGCCGACCGCCGCGACAUCUUCCGUCGCUCCGGGCGUGUCGCUGAGCUCCGUUCCGACUCCGCCUUGGGAAGCGAACUCCACCGAGCCCGACAUCAAGCCGGCCGAGUGGACGCGCUGGUUCGACGUGUCCGCGCCGACGCCGGACAACGAGGGGGACAUCGAGACGAUCCAGAAGGUCAGGAACGCCGGCGUCGGCGUCUGCUCGGAGCCCGUGGGCGUCCAGUGCCAGGCCGUGAUGUACCCGGGCCGGGACGUCUCCACGCUGGGGCAGAAGGUCAUCUGCGACCGUCUCGUCGGCCUGAUCUGCCGCAACGCCGACCAGAGCGGGCCCAGGCCGCUGUGCCUCAACUACGCCGUCCGCUUCCUCUGCGGGGCCAAAUCCAAUAUCACCGCUGCGACGACGACGCCGCCGCCGCCGCCCGGCACGCCAGCAGGUUUGUUCACAAAACGCAGCUGCGCCCGUGAUUGGCGCCGUUGGCUACGUGCUACGGUGGCGGUGCUACGCUACCCGCUACACUACUACACACUGCAGGUGAUCCCCGACUUGUGCUUACGCAGGCCUUCAGCCGCCACCACCACUUUGUCCCCGGCGACGGUCUGCAAGGAGGAGGAGAGGCCGGUGACGGCGUGCGUCUCUCUGUUCGUCCACUCGUGCACGGGGGCCCAGCGAGUGGUGGUCACCAAGUCGUGCGACUGGAGCGCCAGCGAGUGUCACAAGCACGGCUCGUUCCCCGUGGCCACCACGCGGCCCGGAGAGUGCUGCCCGCACUACCAGUGUGUUUGUCCGGAGGACUGUGCGGUGCCGGCGUGUUCGCCCGGCAGCGUUCUCAUGGAGCUCAUGGAGAGCAGCGCUCAGAACAGCUGCUGCCGCAGCUACGAAUGUGUUCCUCAGCCUUCGCCGACAUGUGAAUAUAAUGGCAAGAUGUACCAGGUUGGGGAGCAAUGGAACAAGGACAACUGCUCGUUCCUGGAGUGUACGGAGUCACAGGGGUCUGCGUUGCUGAGGGAGCACCAGAUCACCUGCCUGGAGCCCCAGUACCCACACACGUGUACAAAUGUCAGCGUAGUCUAUGAUGUCCAUGGGUGCUGCAUCACCUACAAGUGUAACGAUGCAGCCCCCCAGGAAAGCUGCCAACCUCAAAACUUCUGGACGGUCAUCAGCGUGGGUGACUGCAGCAGCAAGGGGCCGGUGGAGGUCACCAAAUGUGUGGGCACCUGCUUCUCCAGUACCCUGUGAGCGGAACGGUGACGUCACACCGUCACCAUGGUUACGCCGUCACCAU